UCGCGGGCGGCCGAGUUUAUGGGUAAUAUUUCCCAAGAUUCUUUGUGGCGUGCUUGGCGUACGGAGAACCGGCGAAAAUUCAAUUCACCGCGUGCGAACGAACGUGUGGAUUACGUCGCAUCAUGUUCAAUUAGUUAUGUCAUGUCAUGUUGGCGUGAAGUCGUGAUGACGCCUCGUCCCUCGAGUCCCCAACGAGUCCUCGUCAUGCCGCGCCGCCUUGCGAUGUAUCGGCCUGUCUCUUUUCUCGAGACAACCGUGCGCGAGGAUGGCGAGGCACGUCGAAGCAGGACGCGGUUCUGCUUAUCCGUCCACGACGCGUUUAGGACGCUUGCCAACGUCGCAUCAUCUCGAUGUCCCUUCGGGCUGUUGAUCACAGCACCGGCGACGAUGGAUUAUUAACCGUCGCUGAGCCGGUCGGUCAUUGUUAUCAUCGCUUAUCGCGAGAAAUGGAAGGGCCGUUUGUUUGAUUGCGACUUUUGCGGUAAAGGUACCACGCGGUCUCGCUGCUCGGCAUACAAACAUCUCGAAGGGAGAAACAAAAAUCGCGGACGCAAUGUCUCCUUGUCCAGCAUCAUUAGCAUCUGUUAGUGAAAAAUAUUCUCUGUUUGCAGCUGGGUCAUAAUUGUAGGGGAUUAUGUCGGAGCAAAGUGCGGAUUCUCCGAACUAUACUGCGAAUCAGGAGGAGGAAGAGGAAGAGGAGAUGAUCUUGCAAGAGUCUGAGGCUAAUCCUGUAGAUAUUCUAGAAUGUCUGUCGGUUAUGAUCAAUGAUAGCACUGGAAAGGAUACUAAUCAGGUACAGGAACUUAUAUUGGACGACCAGUUGCUUGGUACAAUGGUGACUACAAUUACAUUGCCUGAUGGGACUCAAGCUUUUGUUACGAAUAAUCUUGGUGACAUUGAUCCAGAUUUCAAGACACAAACACUGCAAACACUUGAAAAUGGAGAUACUAUUUUGCUACGAGAUUUGUCGGAAUUUGGCGAUGGAAAGGCUCUUCAAUUGGAAUUAGAUCCAGCUACAUUUGUACAAGCUGAAGACACUGCCACUGAAAAUGUAGAAAAUACGUAUUCACAAGUAGAAUUUAUCAAUGGCACUGCGUACAUGGUGGCUAGCCAUGUGGAUGUAGACGAAAAUUUAUGGGAAAUUGAAGAUGGGAAGUUAAAGAAAAAAGAUCCCAAGAUUUUAAUCAACAAAAUAUCUGAUGUAAAAGUUAGGUAUCCUUGUCCUAGAGAAGGAUGUUCAAAGGUUUACAGCACACCUCAUCACCUCAAGGUCCACGAACGUUCGCAUACUGGUCAGAGACCAUACAGAUGUACUCAUCCAAAGUGCAAAAAAAGUUUUUCAACCGGCUACAGUCUGAAAGCGCAUUUACGGACGCAUACAGGCGAGAAACCAUAUAAAUGUACGAAUGGAACGUGUAACAAAAGCUUCAAGACGUCGGGUGAUUUGUUAAAACACGUGAGAACUCACACGGGAGAACGUCCCUUUGUAUGUCCAUUUAACGGUUGUGGCCGAUCGUUCACUACAAGUAAUAUUAGGAAGGUUCAUGUAAGGACGCACACUGGCGAGCGACCGUAUAAAUGUACGCAACCGACAUGUGGUAAAGCGUUUGCUAGUGCGACAAACUACAAGAAUCACAUACGUAUACAUUCAGGCGAAAAGCCUUACGUUUGUUCCAUAGAAAACUGUGGUAGAAGGUUUACCGAAUAUUCUAGUCUAUAUAAACAUCAUCUUGUACAUACACCACAACGACCAUUCGAAUGCACACUAUGCUCCAGGAAAUAUCGUCAGAGUAGCACGUUGGUGAUGCACAAGAGAACAGUUCAUGCCUUAGUUGACAGUGACGAUGGUGCCGAUACAUUUUUGCAAGACUCUCUUGAAUCCUCUAGUCAAAAUAAAAAAAAAAAUAAAACUGUAAAAGAAAAUCAUAAGCUGUUAGCAAAAGACAAACAAAUCCAGAUUUCUAAAAUGAUCGAUGAUACGAACGAGAAAGAACCACAAAUUUUAUUGGUAGGUGAUCCUUCGCAAAUCGCUGCAUUACAGAAGAUUGAUUUGGACGAAAAUUUUGAUGAUCCUGGCAUUGAUACAACAUUCGAAGGAUUGAAUAUAAAAAUCGAAGACAUAGAAUUUGGAUGGAACUAAUGCAGAGAAAGGAAUGCAACUUUAUAUGUAUGAGAAAAGUCUUAAGCAUUAAAUAUUAAUUUUGUUAACAUUCAUUCAUGGAUGUGCUAAUAUCAGAGCGAAAUCAAAUAAGUAAAUGAAAAUUAAAAAUAGUGUCAAACAAUAUUUGACCGCAUAAAUGCUGCGGUAACAGAUCCGAACUGAGAUUUAAGUUUCUUAUCAGUUUCAUAAAUUCAUCAGAUAGAAAUAUAC